UGAUCAAUUUCUGGUUCUCUUCGAAACCUUUCCAUUGCCUUUGGUUCUCUUCAAUUCUCUUAUACAACUCAAUAAGGGUGCUCUUCUCUUCUGGUCUCACUUCUCUCUAUCUCCAAUAUUCAGUUCUUAUUCAACAAUGUCCAAUGUCUUGAAGGACUCUAAGAGACCCAAUUUAUACCCAGACUUGAAGAUUAGUGCUGAUAUUUCAAAAAUAAAAGAGAGUUUAUCUCCAGUUAGAAGGUCCCCAGGCCGAUUAGUGGAUGAAAAUGGUAACCCAGUUGGUAUAAAUAAACCUCCAGAGAGAGUAAUAUCUCCAGUUAAAUUCAUCUCUUUAAGAAAAUAUGAUAAAGACAUUUUUAGAUCACCUAUUGUGAAUUCAAAUAUUAAUCAAAAUAAUAUAAGUUUGACUCAAAGUGUUGAUAGAAAUUCGGUUUUUACUAAAUUAAAAUUGAUCGAAAGAUCAUCUAGUUCCAAUACACACACAAACUUUAAUAGAUUCUCUAAUAAUCAUAAUAUUAAAAAUUCAAUUUAUGAUACUCCUUCAAGAUUUCGUUCAAGAAUCAACAAUAAUAUAGAUAAUUCAAUCGUGAAAUUAUCUCAUAGUAUAAACUCAAUUGAUCAUAAAAUUAAUACUCUUAAUAAUUUUAAAUUUAAUAAUAUUAACAAGAAUAAUAACGAUAAUCGUGAUAACGAUGAUGAUAAAAAAAGAAUUUCUUCAAUUAAAUCAAUCAAUAAGAUCACUAACAUUGAUACUAAUCUUAUUAAUAACGAAAAAACUAAUUUAAAUUCAACUUCAAUUUCCUCAAUCUCUUCAAUCUCAAGUUCUCCCAUUCAUAAUUCUUUAUCGCAUAUAAACGUCAAUAAAAAUAAAAAUAAAAAUAAAAUAAACAUGAACAUGAACAUGAACAUGAACAUGAACAUGAAUAUAAACAGUAGUCCAACUAAUAAAUUGUUAAUUGAAAAAACACCUAAAAAAUUAAAAUCUUGCUUAAAAUUACCUACCAAAAAAAAUAGCAUCUUUGAAGAUGAUCAAAAAAAUCUUGAAAUUAAAAAACUAUUAAAUACUAUUGAUGCCGACAAAAAUGAUGAAAAGGCUUUAGAACAAAUUUUUACCAAUUACAAGAUUUCUUCUCUAUCAUCCAAAUCUUCUUUAUUAUCUUUAUCACCAGAAAAAUCUUCAAUUGACUCAAUUGAAUCCAAUUCUUUGAUUCUGAGCUCUUAUUCAAAUAAUAACAAUCACAACAAUAAGAACGAUAAUAAUAAAACUCUUGCAGGAAAAAAAAGAAAGUCUGUUACGUUUGAAACGACCAUUGAAGAAUUAAAUGAGGACAAUUCAAUAACUAAUAAUAAGAAAACUAAAUUUAAUGAAGAUAAUAACAGUAAUAAUAGCGAAAAUCAAAAUAUUCUUUUAAACAAUAUUGAAAAUAAUAUUGAAAAUAAUAUAUUUUUCAAUGAACAUGAAAAUGAAAAUGAAAAUGAAAUUUUAGAAAAUAUUUAUAAUAUAACUGAAAAAAUGAUUAAUCAAAACAGAAAAAUUAAAUUGAAGAAUAUUCAUGAUCAUUCAGCCAAUGGAUUAAUUAAACGUAAUAAAAUGAUUAAUGAUAGAUUAAAAUUAAGAUUGCAAUUUCCGUCAAUUCCUCAGCCAAAGAUAAAGACAUCCGAAAUCUUUAAAGAUAAUUUAGAUAAUAAUGGUCAAAAUGAGAAUGAUAGUACAAAUCAUAAUAAUGACCAGAAUCAACAAAUCGAUAAUAAUGAUAAUAAUAAUGAUAAAAACGAUAAAAAUGAUGAUAAUAAUAAUUCAAUUGAAAGAGAACGAGAAAAAGUGAGAAUCGUUAACAUGAAUAGAAAUAAAGUCGAGACUAAAUUGAAUUGUUUAAUACGACAAUGUUCAUCAAAUGCUACUAAUAUUCAGUUAUUAAGCACCCAGCUUAACAAUUUAAGUAAUAAACAGAUGGAAAUAAUGAAAGAAAUUAAAGAGUUGAAGAGGAUGCUACUAUAAUUAUAUUAUAAUUAUACUAUAAUUAUGUCAUAAUUUUUUUGAUAUAUUUUUUUAUUUUUUAUUUUUUAUUUUUUAUUUUUUAUUUUUUUAUUUUUUUAUUUUUUUAUUUUUUUUCUUUUUCUUUUUUUUUAUUUUUUU